GAUAUCGCUGAGCAGAUCCUUGGCUAGUUUGAAUUCGGCGAAGCCGAACGGAGGUUUGUGCGUAAGUCGAGGAACGUCUGCACACACACACACCGACUAUAUCGCUGUGUGUGUGGGGGUGUGAGUGUUUGGUUGCGUGGCGACGACAGACGACGACCCCCUCCCCCCCAAAAUUAAAUUAAAAAGAAUCCGCGCCGACAACAAUAACAAAAAGCAACGAUGCUGGUCAGGAAAGGUGUUUCGCGCAUCCGUUUAACGGGCAACAAUGUAGCAACAAAACAAAACACGACUCUGUCUUGAGAAUACUUCAAUUUUAAAGAGAGAGAACGGUCUGGAAGGAGGGUCAGUAUUCGUAAAGUUUUCGAACAACAAGAAAAAGAAACACACAAAUUCCUGGUGUGCGAGUUGGCAGAACGGCUGGAGAGAAGACCACUCAAACUCAGAAAGGAAAGUCUGUACUUACAGAAAUUAAAGUCAUUUUGAGAACCGGAAGUGAUGAAGAAAUGUCGGUAGCUGUGAAGUGAACUGACACUCGCUUGUUACGUUAUUUGUUUAUAUUGGAUUACCGCCCCUUCUUCCAGUCAGGACAACUGAGGCCGCGGGCCCAGAUAUAGGCCUUGACGUCACCAUGUCUGUAUGCUGCGAGCUGGGCUCUGGUCGUCCGCGGGACGGGCUCAAACUCGCUCUGAACAGAAGUCUGAGCGAACCGGGGCCUCCGGACCUACAGUCGCCCAGCAACGGUUUCCUGGUGCCUCCGAAACGCUGCAAACUGGAGUCGGUCAGCCUCCCCGCCUCCCCCUGCUCCGAAAGUGCCACCCUACAACGCUCCCUCGUGAUGAAGAAAGUUAAAUCCCUGGACCCCGACAGCCUCGUGAGGAAGCUACAGCGGUCUGCCCCCGGGUGCAGCGGCAAGUCCCCCGGAAACAGAAACUUCUUGGUCGUAGACUGCCGCCCGUUUAUCGCGUACAACGUGAACCAUAUCAGAGGGUCCAUUAACGUGAACUGUUCCGACAGAUUCAACAGAAAGAGACUUCAGCAGGGCAAGGCAACCCUGGCGGACCUGGCGACCACGAGGGAGGGAAAGGACCUGCUGAAGAAGAGGACCUUCAAGGAAGUUGUCGUCUACGAUGACUGCACGACGGAUUUUGAUCGCCUUCCUACGUCACACCCGCUCUUUCUCGUGCUGACCACUCUGGUGGAGGACAACAGGGACCCGGCCUUCCUGCUCGGUGGGCACAAGGAGUUCCACAGGCGUCACAGAGAGUUCUGCGAGGACACGCUUUUGCCUCCCAGUGGGCGCCCUCUCCUGUCUUGUCCGAGUCCCAGCGACUGCGUCGUGACGCCAGACAUCGACUCUCAUCCCGCCUCGCGAGUCCUACCCUUCUUGUACCUAGGCAACCAGCACGACGCGGCGGACCUCAACGCGCUCAGGUCACUUGGCGUGACCCGAGUUCUCAACGUGACCUCCCACCUGCCCGGAUACCACGAGGCGUGCGGAAUCACGUACAAACAACUGCCAGCCUCAGACUCCGGGCACCAAAACCUCAAACAGUACUUUGAAGAGGCCUUCGAUUUCAUAGAGGAGGCGCGGAACAGUGGCGCAAGCGUGUUGGUGCACUGCCAGGCCGGAGUCUCCCGGUCAGCAACUAUCGCCAUCGCGUACAUCAUGAAACACAAGCUUCUGACCAUGGUCGAGGCAUAUAAGCUUGUGAAGAACGCGCGGCCUAUCAUAUCUCCGAACCUCAACUUCAUGGGCCAGCUGCUGGAGUUGGAACAGGGACUGCGGGCCACGGCUGGCACGUUAGGUAACCCCUCGGACCCCGCGGCGGACUGCAAGCCCGCAUGUCAUCAGUGUCGCUGGACUCAUCAGUCCAACGAGGAGGUCUCCUCAGGCUGCAGUGUAUAAUUACAGCUAGUCCGACGUGGCGCCCGCUAGUCUGUCGAGGAAGGUUGCUCCUCGAACUUGGUGAUGAUGAUGAUGAUGAUAUGAUGAUUGUAAUCCACACAGGAUCCGUGCCUCAGUGGGUUUAUUGCUUGGAAGCACUGAGUUCCUACGCGUGCCUUGAAGAAAUCCGGCAUGAGCAUCUUGGUGACACUUCUGGCAUGGCAGGCAGCCUUCCGGAAGGACGUAC